GCCAGCAGUCCGGGCCGCGGUCCCAGGUCCCGGCCGGCGCCAUGGAGCGGCGCUGGCCCCUGGGGCUCGGGCUGCUGCUGCGGCUCUGCGCCCCGCUGCCCCCGGGGUCGCACGCCAAGGAAGUCACGCUGAUGGACACAAGCUCAGCACUGGGGGAGCUGGGCUGGCUGCUGGACCCCCCAGAGGAUGGGUGGAGCGAGGUGCAGCAGAUGCUGAACGGGACACCCCUGUACAUGUACCAGGACUGUCCAGUGCAAGAAGGCGGAGAUACUGACCACUGGCUUCGCUCCAACUGGAUCUACCGUGGGGAGGAGGCUUCGCGUGUGCACGUGGAGCUGCAGUUCACGGUGCGGGACUGCAAGAGUUUCCCAGGGGGAGCCAGGCCUGCGGGCUGCAAGGAGACCUUCAACCUUCUCUACAUGGAGAGUGACCAGGACGUGGGCAUUCAGCUCCGACGACCCUUAUUCCAAAAGGUAACCACGGUGGCCGCAGACCAAAGCUUCACCAUCCGUGACCUGGCAUCUGGCUCCGUGAAGCUGAAUGUGGAACGCUGCUCCCUGGGCCGCCUGACCCGCCGCGGCCUCUACCUUGCCUUCCACAACCCGGGUGCCUGUGUGGCCCUGGUGUCUGUGCGGGUGUUCUACCAACGCUGUCCAGAUGCUGUGCAUGGCUUGGCCCGAUUCCCUGACACUCUCCCGGGCCCUGCUGGGUUGGCGGAAGUGGCAGGAACCUGCUUGCCCCACGCACAGGCCAGGCCUGGGCCCUUGGGCGCACCCCGCAUGCACUGCAGCCCUGAGGGUGAGUGGCUGGGGGCGGGGGCGGGGGGGGGCUUGGGCCGGGGGGGCCGCUGCCACGGCGAGCCUGGCUAUGAGGAGAGCGGCAGCGGCAAGGAAUGCGUCGCCUGCCCUAGUGGCUCCUACCGAACUGACAUGGACACAGCCCACUGUCUCGAGUGUCCCCAACAUAGCACAGCCACGUCCGAGGGGGCCACCAUCUGUACCUGUGAGAGUGACCAUUACAGAGCUCCUGGGGAGGGCCCCCAGGUGGCAUGCACACGUUCCCCCUCGGCUCCCCAAAACCUGAGCUUCUCUAUGUCAGGGAAUCAGCUCUCCCUGCGGUGGGAGCCCCCAGCCGAUAUGGGGGGACGCCAGGACGUCAGCUACAACGUGAGGUGCUCCCAGUGUCAGGGUCCAGCGCAGGAUGGAGGGCCCUGCCAGCCCUGUGGGGAAGGCGUGCGCUUCUCUCCGGAGGCCAGGGGCCUCACCGUGCCUGUCGUGCGUGUCCUGGGCCUUGAGUCCUACGCCAACUAUUCCUUCACUGUCGAAGCUCAGAAUGGAGUGUCCAGUCUCGACGGCUCCAGCCCCGCCAGCUCCUCCCUCAGCAUCAGCAUGGGGCAUGCAGAGCCGCUCUCAGGCCUGUCUCUGACCCUGGUGAAGAAAGAACCACGGCAGUUGGAGCUGACCUGGGCCGGGUCCCGGCCUCGCAGCCCCGGCGGGAACCUGAGCUACGAGCUGCAUGUGCUGAACCAGGACGAAGAGCGGCAUCAGAUGGUGCCCGAGCCCCGGGUCCUGCUGACGGAGCUGCAGCCAGACACCACCUACAUCGUCAGAGUGCGGAUGCUCACCCCGCUGGGCCCCGGCCCCUUCUCCCCAGACCAUGAGUUUCGGACCAGCCCCCCAGUUUCCAGGGGCCUGACUGGAGGGGAGACUGUGGCCAUCAUCUUCGGGGUGCUGCUCGGUGUCGCUCUGCUGCUUGGAAUUCUCGUCUUCCGUUCCAGGAGAGCUCGGCGGCAGCGGCAGCAAAGGCAGCGCGAUCGAGUCACCGACAUGGAUCGAGAGGACAAACUGUGGCUGAAGCCCUACGUGGACCUGCAGGCAUACGAGGACCCUGCACAGGGGGCCCUGGACUUCACGCAGGAGCUCGAUCCUGCCUGGCUGGUAGUGGACACGGUCAUCGGGGAAGGAGAGUUUGGAGAAGUGUAUCGAGGGACCCUGCGGCUCCCCAGCCAGGACUGCAAGACUGUGGCCAUUAAGACCUUGAAAGACACAUCCCCAGAGGGCCAGUGGUGGAACUUCCUCCGAGAGGCGACUAUCAUGGGCCAGUUCAACCACCCGCACAUCCUGCAUCUGGAAGGCGUUGUCACAAAGAGAAAGCCCAUCAUGAUCAUCACGGAGUUCAUGGAGCACGGGGCCCUGGAUGCCUUCCUGAGGGACCGGGAGGACCAGCUGGCCCCUGGGCAGCUGGUGGCCAUGCUGCAGGGCAUAGCCUCUGGCAUGAACUACCUCAGUGACCACAGUUACGUCCACCGGGACCUGGCUGCCAGGAACAUCCUGGUCAGUCAGAACCUGUGCUGCAAGGUGUCUGACUUUGGCCUGACCCGCCUCCUGGACAACUUCGACGGCACCUACGAAACCCAGGGAGGGAAGAUCCCCAUCCGCUGGACAGCCCCUGAAGCCAUCGCCCACCGGAUCUUCACCACGGCCAGCGAUGUGUGGAGCUUUGGGAUUGUGAUGUGGGAGGUGCUGAGCUUUGGGGACAAGCCCUACGGGGAGAUGAGCAAUCAGGAGGUCAUGAAGAACAUCGAGGAUGGGUACCGGCUGCCCCCUCCUGUGGACUGCCCGGCCCCUCUGUAUGAACUCAUGAAGGGCUGCUGGGCUUACGACCGCGCCCAGCGGCCCCACUUCCACAAGCUGCAGGCACAGCUGGAGCAGCUGCUCGCCAACCCGCACUCCCUGCGCACCAUCGCCAACUUCGACCCCAGGGUGACUCUUCGCCUGCCCAGCCUGAGUGGCUCAGAUGGGAUCCCCUACCGCAGCGUCUCUGAGUGGCUCGAGUCCAUUCGCAUGAAACGCUACAUUCUGCACUUCCGCUCCGCCGGGCUGGACACUAUGGAAUGUGUGCUGGAGCUGACAGCCGAGGACCUGACACAGAUGGGAAUCACGCUACCGGGACACCAGAAGCGCAUCCUCUGCAGUAUUCAAGGGUUCAAGGACUGAUGAGCGCUGUGAGGGCAAGGCCUUCCCUGCUCUCGGCCACCCUCUCCUCCGGGAGCAGGGAGGGGGCUGUGGACUCGCCUCGGCCCUUCCUGUAGCCUGCACAGGCUCUUGGUGCUGCUCCUGCCUACCCUUUGGAGGACUUUCCUCUGGACACUGGGAGCCUCUCUUCUGUUUUCCAAAGGGAGGUGGGGGUAAAAGUCAAAAGGUACUUGUGGGGGGAGUUGGGGGAGGGCUUAAUAUAUAUUCAUCAUAUACAUAUAUAUUUUUGUAAAUAAAGAGGAACUACGUUUUCACCCUUACCCCCGAUCCGUUAGCCCUCUUCCCCCAUCCCACCUGAGGGCUGUUGACACUACAGAAGAGUCCAUGUCUGCAAAUUCUGGAAAAUAGGGUUUGUUUUAUUUGUAGCUGUAGCCACAACCUGGCAGCACAGGACAGGGGCAGUGUCUAGGCCAGUCGCCAAGGCUCCCGGGCCAGGAUCCCCUCCCCUCCAAGCAGAGUACAAAGGCUGCCCGGCCAGCCCCGGUGCAGCAGUGGAAGCAGCAGCUCUAACCCUGGUGUCC